AUGAACGACGGCCUCGAUGUCAGGUCUAGCCUGUCCUCGUACGGCGACCCCAGGCACUCAGCCUCCUACGGCGCUUCGCAACCGCCCCCAACCGGAGUGCUGAUGAACGGCUACCGCGAUGCGUCCGGACCCCAGCAGCCACUGGGCAAGUCGCAAGUCAACCCGCUGAACACGAACCUUCCCCGGAACUCCGCCGCACUCCACACCCAUGACCCCGUCGCCAUGUACCUGCUCACGGAGACCGCCAUGAGCGACAGCACCCACUACGAGAUCCUGUCGCUGGAGGAAGUGGAGGGACUGAAGAAGGAGCAAAAGUUCGUCAACAGUCGCUUGAACGCUGCGAAACGCAAACUGGCGUUGGAGACGAAGUUGCGCGAUGCCGCCAUGUCGCUGAGCCGGCUGUACACGCCCAAGAGCCCCUCCUUCAACGGCCGGGAGGACCCCGAAGCCUCCUCCCCGAGAUCCCAACGAAGCCUGCUCGGACCCAAUGAGACCACCAUGGACAAGACGGACGAAGAGCUGGCGCUGAGCACCCGCAAGUGCGAGGAGCUGUCGCGGGAGAUCUGGGACCUGGAGCGCCGCUUGCAGCAGGUCAAUAGCCGGCUGCUGGAGCACACGGCUGGGAUCCUGCAGAUGACGCACAAGGGUCUGAAGAAGAACCUCAAGAAUAAUGUGCCCCACACCCCGGAGAGUCUGUCUAGCCACAACACCCGGGAUAGUAUCGAUGGGUUUGAUGAUCGGAGUUUCUACAAGCCGUCGGGUCAUCUGGAAGAGCCCGCCGGCCAGGGGCUGCAUGGACUUGGGUUGGAGGCUGUUCAGGAUACUGAGAAACGGUUGGAGUAUCUAAGUGGGAGGGUGUAUGACUUGAUCCUACAGUCCAAUCCUGCUGGAGAGCUCGAGCCCGUUCCGCAGCCGCCCCCAGGGGCUACCCCGACGGCAGCGAUGGAAGCAUACGUAGCCUAUAUUGAGAGUGGCCUCGAAAGUCUCAGUGCGCAUCCCGCAGGCAACCAGUUUCAGACACGGUCUUUGGAUGAUGACUCCGGGCAGCAGCUCGGCGAGCUCAACGCGCGACUACAUCAGAUUGUCCAGCAAUCGGGCAUGCCGGGCGCCCAGACUCUACCUCCGCCGCCCGACUCUGCCAGUGCAGACCAGACGGAACAUUUCUCCUACCUCCAUGCUGGCCUCAGUGGGCUGGAAGACCGACUUGAGAAGCUCUUCGAGCAGAAGAGCAUCUUGACCACUCAAAUCCAACAGCAGCGCGAAUUGAACUCCAAGUCCGACGCGGAGAGAGAUGCACACAUCGCGGACCUGAUGCAACAACUGGCGCAUGUCCAGAAAGACCUCGAAUUCUCCGAGAACGAGGGCCAACGAACGAGAGAUGAUCUGGUAGACGCGAUGAAACAAGUAACAACCCUGCAAAAAGAGCUGGCAGACCAUCAAGAGCAGCACGUCAUGGAGGAUACAUCGAAGGCUUUGACCACGGAGCAGGAAGCUCGUGCGCGCGCCGAAGCCGAGGUUGAACGCCUGGAAAAGGUCCUGGAAGAUCUCAAGAGGGAACAGGAUGCUCAGACUCAGGCUCAUGAGGCCCGUGCGCAAGCCGAGAGUGAGGUCGCUCGUCUGGAAGCCCACAUUGGAGAAAUCCAAUCCCACCAUGAAGCUCGCCUGGAAGAGCUCAUCAUAGCACGUUCCGCGGCGGAGAGUGAAAUAACACGUGAAGCCACUCGGUUACAAGCAGUGCUCGAUCAACAUGGGGAGGAAGCCGAUUCCAAGAGCAGAGCGCUUACAGAAGCUCAUCAGGAACAGCUCCAAUCACAAGCCGACACUCACACGGAGGAGUUGACGACCUUGCGCUCAAAGACCGAUGGUGAAAUCACGCGUCUUCAAGAGAUUAUUGAUGAACUUCAGAGUACGGCAAACAACCAAGCGGAGGCCACGGAAGCCCAACAGCACGCCGAGCAGCAGAUCUUGGAAUUACAAACUACGCUCCAGCAGACCCGCAACGAGGCAGACGCCCAAGUCAAGGAGGCCGUCGACGCUCGAGCACGAGCCGAGAGUGAGGUUGCUCGGUUGGAAGAAUCCAUGGGUCAAUUCCGCGCCAGUGUGGAAUCUCAGCUGAAAGAGGCUACAGAUGCACGCAUCAACGCCGAAACCGAGGUGGCACGGCUAGAGACGGUUAUAGGCCAGCUCCGUGCCGACGUCGAAGCUCUGGAGUCUCGCGUCACAGAAGUGACCGUGGCGCGCGCUGAAGCAGAAAACAACACCUCACGUCUGCAGGCUGAGUUGAGAGAGAUGGAGGGUGAAGUCGUCCGUGCUCAGACCGAGCUGACGAUGGCCAAGGCGGAGCUGGACGGUGCCUAUGGGUCGCGAGCCCAGCGAGCGGCCGACAUCGCAGCGAAUCCUGCCAUCCAGAAGGAGUUUGACGAGCUGAACACGCGAAACCUGGAGCUGGCCGAAGAGCUUGCAGCCCUCAAGGCGGGCAAGCCUGGUGGUGAUCUCCAGCAUCGGGUGGAGUUGCUGGAGAGAGAGCUCCGAGAUACGGUGGACGAUUACGAAGUAAUGACCAAGGCCAGCAUUGAGUUCGAAAAAGAACGCGAGCAGUUCGAGGGAGUCAUUGAUACCCUGCGCGACCGUUGUGAGCAACUGGAGACGCAGCUCAAUGAAGAACGAAUCAACUGGAUGGGCAGCGGACGCGACGGCCAUGAGACCACCUCCACCAUGGUGCUCAAGAAUGAAUUCAAGAAGAUGAUGCGAGACACGCGGUCCGAGAACCUGAAGAUACGCAAGGCGGAACACGACGAACGCCGUCGGCUGGAGGCUCAAAUCCGAAAUCUGAACAAGGAUAUUGCGACCUUGACUGGCAAGCCUCCCCUGGGUCAGCCUGUCGUCACAGCCUCAUGA